GAAGGGGGCGUAGCGACGAUUAAAAGCCUCUGAUGUCGUUUAUUUAACCGAAGCUAAUUUCAGUUAGCAGAUGACUUUAUCCUGACAGCGUUCAUAACCUGUCCUGGUUUGAAAAGUAAUUACUAACCGUUUCUUAGACACUUACUGAGUCUUCUUCUGAGUAUAACAAACCGGUCGCUAUGAAGAGAAUAGACCAUGACUAAGGAAAACGAUAUAAAUGUUUAGGUUAGCUGGCUAGUCAGGCUAACAUUACUCACAGAAAAUCUUGCGACUCCACUUUUAAAUCCAGGAGCCCAUAACCGCGACGUGAUUGCGUAUGAAGUAACCGCGUGUGGCCUUCUGGGUAUUGUAGUAGAUACUGACUACUGUCUUUACCGGUAAAACAGUUGAAGAGCAACAGCAGGCUGUCUCGGAAUCAAUACACAUGAUAUAUAGUAGUGUCGUCAUUUUUUGUUAGAAGAGAUCGUUAAAGUUAAGUAAAGAGACUAUUUUUCUGGCAACGUUUAAUUUAAAAACACCAUAUCCCACGAUCCAAAGUUUUUUAUUGACAUGCAGCAAUGGCGGCUUCCACUGCCAAUGUGAACGGCAUAACAUCACUGUUGGACGGCUAUUUAUCAACAUUUGGAUUUGAAGUCUACCCUCUAAAGGUUGGAUGGUACAACUCUCUGCUUCCUCCCACCCUGCGCCUGGCUUACCCAGAUGACUGCCUGGCUGUGGUGGUGCUCAGCACUCCUGCUUUGUUUGAACAAGCCUUCCUGCCCUUCAUGGAGGAGAGGGGCUGUCAGGGACUGUCUGACCCCAUAGACCAGUGUGUCAAACACUGCGUUUCCUCUGCUGUGUCCCGGUGUUUCCCAGGACAGGAAGUGGAUGUGAGGUACGACUAUGAGAUGCUGCCAAGCAGAAAGCCGAAGUUUUUGGCACAGACUGCAGCUCACGUGUCCGGAGGAGCUUACUACUACCAACAAUCUGAUGUCAAAGACCAACCAUGGGCUGAAAGAAAGAUGUUCGGAGUGUGUGUGCAUCCGAGGUUUGGGGGCUGGUUUGCCAUCCGAGCCCUGUUGGUGUUUGGAGGCAUGACGGUGGGCUCUGAGAUGGUGCAGCCUCUUCCUCCUGACUGUGUGCCUUCCAGAGAGGGCAGGAUUCAGCUCUUGGAGGCUUUCAACUUUCGGUGGCAGGACUGGACCUACAGAGACAUUGUUCGCCCGAUCCAGAUCUACUCACAGAAACAGAAGGACUACUUUGCAACUCCUCCUGCUGAGCGGUUUGCUCUGCUAAAGACUUGGGGUUUACUUUCGGGGGAAAGCGAUCAACCUGAUUCAACAUCAGACGCAGAGAACCAGGUGACCGGACAUGGCUGAAACAGCUGCAGAGUGGAAGUAUUGCAGAUGCUCUCUGAGAACAAACCUCCACUGCUGAGCUUGUAAGGCUUUGCUGAAAGCUUUUUAAGGUACAAAGGAUACUUGUCAGACACCUGACCAUGAACUUUAACUGCUUUAUGGCCUUCUUAUGAUGUCUUUCAUCAUAGUUUUCACUACAUUUCUUCUGACCAGUGAGGGAAGGCAGCUCCUCGCAUCUGGAACAGGAACAUACUUUAAUGUAUGAAUAUGUUUUAAAUUUAGCGCUGCUUGUGCAAACUUUGUGAGUUUGUUUAAAGCCAUUAUUUUUGAAAUAUUCUUUAAAAAAAGGCACAUUAUAUGUACAUGCUGAUACAUGAAGCCAAAGAGAACCAACACUCCAUUUACUUUAAUACACAAGCCAUAAAAUAAACUAAAUAUAAAAUGUAUGAUAUAUUUCCAUAGCUCUUAUUAUAACAACUAAGGUACUCUAUCCAGGUAUUCAAAUUGAGAUUAAAAGCAAAAUCAGGAAAACUAAAUUUGGAUUACACAAACUAAAUAAAUGUUUUGUAUCAAUACUGGUGGUUGUAGUAGUAUUUCAUUGUCACAUAAUGAAAAUUAAUUCAGCAAAUGACUGUUGGUGAUAUUAAACAGGGGUUAUGAUAAAACAGAAA